AUGAGCGCAGACUGUUCAGUAGGUGCAAAUCCUCUAGCGAGAUUGAACAAACAGGCGCAACAAGAUAGGUCCCUGCAACAUGGUGGUUCUUUCCAGUCUACCUCUAAUGCUCCUCAAAGUUUCAAAUCACGGGAGAAUAUUGUAAGCGACGCUAACAAGUUCAAAAUGGAUAGCUUCAUGGGAAGAGAAACACAUAUUCGACUGGGCCAAACUAGUCCCUCAGGUGUACCAUCACCUUUAGAGCAACAGAGGGGAAGAGGUUCUUGGAGCCACCAAUUUGCUGCUUCCCCAGAUACUGUUAGUAGCGGUUCACUGGGAAAUUCGAAUUGGGCCCAUGAACUUCAUUCUUCUUCUCCAAGAACCUCUCAUACAAUUCAGAACAGUAAUGUGAUUAGCGCAGAGCGUGUACAAGGAUUCCAACCUCGAAUGGUUUCGAAUUACAGACCAAGUAUGUCCUCAGCCUUACCCACAAUGGUGCUUCACCAAAAUUCUGGGAUCCAUAGCGGGAUGCAACAUGAAACGCAAAACUUACAGCAUGCUAUGAGUCCUGAAGUGUGGGAAGAACAAUUCAAAGAACUAGAACGAGAAGUAUCGGAGAACUUGAAGCUAGGCGAUGAUGUAGACCAAGCCGAAACCUCAGAGACGCUAUCGAAGGAGCAGGAUAUCAUUGUCGAUGAUACUUACCAAGCAGAGUUUCAAGAGGUAUGGGAUAAUUUACACGAAGAGGCCACAGAAAAUAAUGUUGAUUCAACGUGGGAAAAAGAUUAUGCGCGCUAUGUGUCUGGAAAACCUGCACUAGUGGCAGAAUAUAAGUUUGAUCCUGAUAAUCAGUAUUUGAAAAAUCCAAACUCCUAUGAAAUCGGUUGCAUUCUCAUGGAAAAUGGCGCGAAACUGAGCGAGGCAGCUCUUGCAUUCGAGGCAGCAGUCCAAGAAGAACCUAACCAUGUUGAUGCAUGGCUUAAGUUGGGACUUGUUCAGACUCAAAAUGAAAAAGAAUUGAGCGGCAUCAGUGCUCUAGAAGAGUGCCUUAAAAUUGAUCCUGGAAAUCUUGAAGGCAUGAUGACACUAGCAAUUAGCUAUAUCAACGAAGGCUAUGAUGUAAGUGCUUUCAGCAUGCUAAGUAAGUGGUUGGAGACAAAAUAUCCUCAAUUGGUCGAUAAUCACGUAGACUCAGAAACUGCUGACCGAUACAAUUUGAACCAGGCAGUGACUCAACAAUUUCUGCAUGUUGUAAACAAAUUGCCAGAAAUUGACGCAGAAUUGCAAUUAGGGCUCGGCAUCUUAUUUUAUGCGAACGAUGAUUACGACAAGACGAUUGACUGUUUUAGAGCUGCACUUACGGUGCGGCCGGAUGACGAGUUGAUGUGGAACAGAUUAGGUGCUUCGCUGGCGAACUCUAACAGAUCGGAGGAGGCUAUCCAGGCUUAUCAUAAAGCUCUUCAACUUAAGCCCACCUUCGUCAGAGCACGUUGCAACUUGGCGGUUUCUUCUAUGAACAUGGGUUGUUAUAAGGAAGCAGCUGAUCAUUUACUGACUGCAUUAUCUAUGCAUGAGGUCGAGGGAGUUUCUUUGUCUGACAGUGUAGCAAGCACAACUAUUCUGGAAACGUUGAAGAGAGCUUUUAUUGCUAUGGGAAGGCGCGAUUUACUGGAGCAAGUCAAACCAAACAUGGAUUUGACACCAUUUCGUGGUGAAUUUAAUUUUUAG